CUCUCUUUCUCUUUCUCUUUCUCUUUCUCUUUCUCUCCGUAGUCCCUAGCAUAGAAAAAACACACGAAAGAGACUGAGUUGUCUUCGAUAAGUUACAAAAACCCUAAAACCCUACACUCAAUAUGAACAGUUUCGAGCCACAAAGCCAAGACUCUUUGCAGAGAAGGUUUCAUCAAGGUAACACCAACACACAACAACCUCGUGACACGACGACACCUUUCAUGCCCAAAUCUAUUUCGAAAAACCAUAAUAAUAGCAAAUCCACCACCGGAGCGGCCGUGAGAUCAUUCCAAGGAUUUGGUCUUAACGUCGAGGACGAUCUAGUUUCAUCCGUGGUUCCUCCGGUUACGGUUGUGCUAGAGGGACGUUCGAUUUGCCAACGCGUAAGCCUAGACAAGCAUGGGAGUUAUCAGAGCUUAGCUUUGGCUCUGAGGCAAAUGUUUGUCGAUGGGGCUGAUUCGACGGACGAUCUUGAUCUGUCUAACGCCAUUCCUGGCCAUCUUAUUGCUUAUGAAGACAUGGAGAAUGAUCUACUCCUCGCAGGCGAUCUUACUUGGAAGGACUUUGUUCGUGUAGCCAAGAGAAUUCGAAUCUUGCCGGUGAAAGGAAACACAAGCAAAGUGAAAAGAAACGAGUGAGGAGAAAAAACCGUUUUCACAACGAUGUCAGAAGAUGUUUUGUAGCAGCUAAUGUCGUAUGAUUUGAUCAGUGGCAUUAUUGUAAAAGUAUCAUCGGAUGUGUUUGCUUUUUUUGUUCACUUGUCUACCCACUAAAUGAAAAAAAAAAACAUGAACCAUAGAAUGGCAAAGUGAAGAGACAAUACAAUAGAUGUAAUUUAACUUAAGCUAUCUACGAUUACGCUCCUAAAUUU